CGAGAUAUUGCCAAAAAAAAAACACAAAAAAUUGACCAAGAGGGGAGGAGUACAACUAACUGUAGCAAAUUUAUAAUGGCAUCUAGUGAUCUAGUCACAUGACAGAGCAAGGCUUUUCUCGUUUCACAUAUAAUCGCUAGUUCUACAAACUCCAUACUUCACCACUACCCAAUGGAAAUACCAACGGAUGCUGUGAAUUACGGGCCAUACGGUUCUAGCAAGGAAACGAACUGGAGUGUGGAGCUCGGUAGAUGUGAGUAUAUCAAAGAAGUACUAGUUAACCAUGGAUGGAUCGUUGACGGAAUCGGUUUCGUGAUAGCCGAUGCAUCUGGGUUACCUUGCCCUGCUAAAUGGUUUGGCGGCCGCGGCGGUGACGCAUCUAGGAUUACCAUGCGAAGUAAUGAAUAUAUAACACGAAUUAGUGGGAAAUAUGGACGUUAUGCUCAUGCUCGUUCGGAAAUAACUAUUGGAUCGUUAAGAAUACACACUAAUUUAUGGCCUAGUGGAUAUGGACCAUAUGGCGAGGUGAAAUUGGUCGACAAUAUUCAGAGUUUCUCAACACCACUUCAAACAAGUGACACCGUUGUUAAACUUUAUGGAACGUACCAUGCUUAUCUUGGCUCCAUCGGAAUUCAUGUAAGAAAGUGAUUGACUAGCAACAAAUAGCAAACCUUCAUGUGUGUUUCCAGGAUGCUCGACCACUUGUCCGCCACAAAAUGAUGUAACUACUGGUCAAUAGACUGUUUUCUUAUUUAAUGAAUAACUUUUUGGGAAAUUCUACAUUAUAACCUAAAUUUUAAGGUUUUUUACAUUUUAGUACUUAAUUAUUUUAUACUUUGUAAUCUCGAAUUUUUUAGUUUUCUAUAUGAUAGCACUUCUUAAGUGAAUUUCGUUAAGUUGUCGUUAAUUUAGACAGUUAUUCAUCUGGCACGCAAAUCGGACUUUUUCGACAACCAAAACGAGUUUUUGUGAUCAUUUUUUGACAAUGAAAGGGGAUAACUUUGUCCUUAAAGACUCAAUUAAAGGUCGGAAUUGUCAAAAUAAUGAUAAGAAAUGCUCGUUUUGGGUGUCGAAAAAGUAUCGAUUGCGUGCUAGACUAAUACAUGUCAAAACUAACGACAACUUAAUGAAAUUUAUUUAAGAAGCUACCAUGUAGAAAAUCAAAAAGUUCGAGACUACCAAAUAUAAAUAAAUUUAAGAUAUGCUAUCAUGUAGUAAACCUAAAAGUUGGAGGCUACCAUAUAGAAUUUCUCUAACUUUUUUAAAGGACUAUUUAAUGAAUAACUUGUGUGGUAUUGUAAAGACAAAAGUAAUAAUGUGAAUGUUAAAAUAGAUUGGCAUUUCGUUUGAUAUAUAAAAUUUCCUUUUCCUUCUUA